UUAACUGGGUGUUAAGAGGUGAUGGGAAGGGGAGGGGGUGGCAGGAGGUCCCUCCGCCCCAGGAGGCACAUUUUUGGGUGGCAUUCUUGGCCAAAAGAAAAGUAUACAAUAAUAACUUAAGGUUCUUUUGAGCUGUAGUUGAUGUUAAACCAAGGUUUAUUUUCACGUGUGUCUGAACCCAGCAGCAGCUUCUGUAGCCCCAGGACCGCUUACACACGGAUGGCGUGGAGCUUUCCACAGGCCUCUUGCCUCUUGACCCCGCACUGAAGGACCGUCCCGGGCAGCAAGAGGUCUAGCUGUGCCAGGGCAGUAGCGCUCUGCCACAUGGACAAUGUUAAUGGGCUCCAUCCAGCUCCAAGCUUCUACAGCUCGGGAUGGAGGAAAGAGAGCGAGGAGAGAAGAGGUCUUCGGGCCGAUGACUUCUGAACCUCCCAAAGUGUUGACAUCUUGUUCCAGACCCCAGCACCAGGGGCUCCCCGUAAUGGGGAAGGCUCCGGAAUUAUUUAGAAUAAGGCCCAGUUGGCACGCAGCGACAGCUCGCGGGUUCCCUUAAGAGGCAGCCCGGGCCCUCCCACCGGCCGGGCUGGAGGGCGGAAGGCCGGCCGGCCAGUAGGCGUGAGCGGGGCGGUGGCCCGGAGGAGGGCGUGGGGCGGCAGGCGGCGCUCUCCGGCGCGGGAGGCGGCCGCGGCGUGGCUGGCAUGGCAGAGAUGCGGCCGGGGCCGGCGAGCGGGUCUCAGCUCAACGCGCUCCCGGACCACUCGCCGCUGCUGCAGCCCGGCCUGGCGGAGCUCAGGCGCCGGGCCCGGGAGGAGGGCCUCCGGCUGGAGCCGCACCCGCUCUCUGACGCCUUCCUGCUGCGGUUCUUGCGCGCUCGGGAUUUCGACCUAGACCUGGCCUGGCGGUUAUUAAAAAACUAUUAUAAAUGGAGAGUGGAAUGUCCAGAAUUAAGUGCGGAUCUACACCCUAGAAGUAUUCUUGGCCUUUUGAAGGCUGGCUACCAUGGAGUUCUGGGAUCCAGGGAUCCCACUGGUAGCAGAGUUCUUAUUUACAGAAUCGCACGUUGGGAUCCAAAAGUGUUUACAGCCUAUGAUGUAUUUCGUGUAAGUCUAAUUACAUCUGAGCUUAUUGUACGGGAAGUAGAAACCCAGCGGAAUGGAGUCAAGGCCGUGUUUGAUUUGGAAGGCUGGGAGUUUUCACAUGCUUUCCAAAUUACUCCAUCUGUAGCCAAGAGGAUUGCUGCUGUUCUUACAGAUUCAUUUCCUCUGAAAGUUCGUGGCAUCCAUUUGAUAAAUGAACCGGUAAUUUUCCAUGCUGUAUUUUCCAUGAUUAAACCAUUCCUGACUGAAAAAAUUAAGGACCGGAUUCAUAUGCAUGGGAACAAUUACAAACAAAGUUUACUCCAGCAUUUUCCAGACAUUCUUCCACUGGAAUAUGGUGGUGAAGAGUUUUCCAUGGAGGACAUUUGUCAGGAGUGGACAAACUUUAUAAUGAAGUCUGAAGAUUAUCUUAGCAGCAUUUCUGAGACCAUUCAAUGAGAGUUAUUUCAUCCAAAUGGUUUCCUAAUUAAAAGUACAACGAAAAGUUCUCACAUAAAUGAAGGGUAACAAGUAAAUAUUUUAAUUGCUGCUUGUCUUAUCUUUAAAAAUGUGAAUGUUUAAAAUACUUUUAAACCCUUUUUUCACUUUGGGGUACUUUAACGUUAAUAUACUCGAAUAGCGUAGGAAAGAUUCCCAAUUUUUGCACUCAGGAAAUAACAGAAAGUGAUUUUUAAAGUGGCUAUUCAUGUGCAUCUUUGUGUGUUUUUAUAAAGUUUUAUGUUAAGCGAAUUUUCUGAUUACAUUUGUUUAGUCAUAGAUUUACAAUAUCUACUUACAGAAAUAUUGCACAAAUCAAGUGAGUAUAAAAAACUGUUAACACUCAUUUUGUAUGGGUGUCAGAUUAAAUUAUAAUAUAGACCAAAAUGUGAAUAUAGUUUUACAGAUACUUCUGCAGGCCAGCAGGAUAGUUCAUCUCAGGAAAUCCUAUUGUAGCACAUUUGCACAGCAGAAACUUUUGACUGGAGACUCUAUAUUCCAUACUAUUAUAUAUAGAAUCUAUAGAUUUAUGUAAAGUUACAAUUGAUAACUGAUUAAAAUGUAAUUUAGAAAAUAUUUCAGAUAGAUCAUGGUUUCUCAAUGCUGCUUUAUUUAUUUUAAAAAAUCAAAAAUGUAAUUUUAACUCCUGUUUAUGGUAAUCUUGUGACUAUAUUACAUAAAUAUUUAGAGUGAUAAUAUUUAGUUAUAUUAUACAUGGAAUUUUGGGUUCAAUAAUUAACAGAACUGUGCAUAAGAAAUUAAGUCAUUGUCAAUUACAUCUGGCAUUUUUCAGUUUACACAUAAACUAGUUUUACUCUUAUAUCAGAGUAUUCUAAGUCUCACAAUAUAACUUUUUAAAAAGUGACUAGGAUGUGCUGUUUGUAGUGCAGUUUUUAUGAAAGAAUAUUUCAUUUACCAAGAAAGAUAUAAUCUCAUCUUAUAGUCAAUAUAUCUUUCGAAUUAUGAUAUAAUUUUAUACUUAGUAUUUUUAAAUGGAUUUUAUUUUAAACAAGAAAAUGAAAGACUAUUGAGUAUGAAAUUUGUUGAACACGUUCAGCUUGUUAGAUUUUGACACUAAUCAUGCAGUAGUAUCUUUGUACAAAGAUAUUUGCUAUGAGCAGUGGUCUUUUUCUUCAUAAGAAAAUUAGUCUAAUCAGGUGAUCUGAUACUUUAAUUCUUUGUACUUAUGACGAUGAAACUGAAAGUAAUUGUAAAUGUUCUUUAGAGGAAUGUGUUUGAAUUUGACAUAGCAUUGAGAAGCUAACUUGACAUUACACAUUUUAUAAAAAAGUAGAUCCUGUCUGUUUUAUUAAAGGAAUUUAAAAACCCUUACAAAAUUGUAUAAUUUUAAAUCAUAUAAUUAAAAAUCAUAAUAGAAAAAUCUCUUAAAAAGAUAAGCAGUAACAAUGACAGGAAUCUCAAGUUUAUCCAAUAUUUAUUCUUAGAAGGAUAUUUAUAUCCUUCAUUUACAUUACCUUCUUAAAAUAGUUUCUUAUAAUUCUGUGAAGGAAAAAUUAGUACAUGAAUAAAUAAUAACAUUUGAGCCAUCUUUUAAAAGUAUUUCAUUAGUGAUGUAUUUAAGAGUAAAAGAAAUUAAAGUAAGUUCAUCAGUGCAGAUACAUUUUAAUGAUGAAUCUUUGGAAUUUUAUAAAAUAAAGCAGUUCUCUGAAGAACAUCAUAUGAACAGAUAAUUUCAUGAACUAUCAAGAUAAAAAACUGUCUGUUUGUAUUAAAUACUAUGAUUGUACUGGAAGUGCCUUUUGAAAGGCUAAUUUCACAUGUGCUCAUUAUGUUACUGAACUGAACAGUAAUUUAUUUAAUAUUGUUUAAAAUAUUAAAAUCUUUCACUUAAAA